CUUCGUUAUUCCGGCAUCACUUUCGGUCUCUUCAGUCCACUCGCGGCGGUCGCUUCCUGCCGUCCCUUGUCGGUUGGCGAUCGUGUGCGACUGAAGCGAUGUUUUAACGCAAAAGAUGUAGAAGCCUUUGCGCAUACAACGGGUGAUACCAAUCCUAUUCACUUGGACCCAGACUUUGCUAAACAGUCUAUAUUCAAGCGUUGUGUGGUUCACGGUGCUCUAACGGUUGGAUUGGUGUCUUGCCUUUUGGGGACGCACUUUCCUGGGCCUGGAUGCAUUCUACAACGACUGGAAUUUCAGUUUGUCGCUCCACUUUUUGUUGGAGAGUUGUGCCAAGUGGAUGCGGAAGUCACGCACAUUUCGGGAACACGUGUAGUUUUUGGGAUUCACGCGUUUGCUUUGGAGAGAGACACGUGCAUCAUGAAGGGGAAUGUACAUCUGGUCGUCACCAAAGAACAACUUUGUAUAAAGCCUCCCGCACAUCUCAGAAUUGCUGAUGGCAAUAAUGCGUGAACCUACAGACGUAUAGUUUGUGAUGGACUAUAUGUGCUUCUUCCGUAAUCGUUAGCAUUACUUACGCCUAACAGUGAUACUCGUAUGUCUAUUGAUCAGUCAUAUCUUUUUUCAUUACUGAGCAAUGUUUUGUGCUUGUUCGUUCAGUAACUG